UUCAUGAUUUGUUGUGAAUACAAAAAUGCCGGAGGGCCCGGAAUUGCACAUUGCAGCAAGAUUUAUAAACGCGGCAGCUGCAAGGUUUAAGUUCGGCGGCGUGAUUGAGAAAUCCGAAGUAUCGACGAAGAAUCCUACUUUGGAAUGGACGGCAACAGAAUAUAAAAUCAGAGCUGAGACUAGGGGUAAAGAGUUGAAAAUACAUCUGGAGGAUGCCAAAUCUCUGAGUUCUAAAACUCAUCUGUUGUUCAGAUUUGGUAUGUCAGGCUGUUUUAAACUUGCAGAAGCUUCAGAUCUCCCAAAUCAUGCGCAUUUACGCUUUUACACUGUCGACUCAACUCCUGUCAUGGCGCUUUGUUUCGUAGAUUACCGUAGGUUUGGGAGAUGGGAGAUAGAAGGAGAUUGGGGGAAAGAUCGAGGUCCGGAUCCAAUGUUUCAAUAUUCAGACUUCAGAGAGAAUAUUUUGAAGAACUUGAAGAAUCCAGCCUUUAACCGACCAAUCUGUGAAGCAUUGUUAAACCAGAAAUUCUUCAACGGUAUUGGGAAUUAUCUGAGAGCUGAAAUUUUGUUCAGAGCUGGAAUUAGACCCUUUGACCAGGCUAGAGCUGUCCUAGAAACUCUGGGAGAGAUUAAAACCGAAGAUGGGAUUGACAUCCUAGAACUAUGCAGUAAGGUUCCAAAAGAGGUUCUAGACUUGGAUUCUGGAAAGGAAUAUUCAAACGAGGAUAGUCAGAAAUCACAGGCUUCUUUCACUAGCUGGCUCCGGUGUUAUUACGUUGAGGGAAUGAGAAACUUGGAAGAUGGGAAUAAAAGAACUAUUUGGUUUACUGGUGAACCAGGCCCCAUGGCUCCUAAGAUUAAGAAAGAAAAGGGUAGGAAAGGAAAGAAAGGAUCUCAAAUCCCUCAAUCUGGAGAAGAAAUUAAGGCUAUCAAGAUAGAAGUAAAAACUGAAAUAACGGAAGAGGUUGAAGAAUACAAACCUAUUAAACCUAAAUCAAGGAUUAAGAAAAAAAAAUCCCAACCAGUGAAAGAACUCAAGACUGUGAAACGUAAAUCUAAUGUCAAGACUGAACUCCAAGAAGAAGUUAAAGAAUGUAAACCUACAAAGUCUGCCUCCAAUAAGGUCAAGAAUGAAACUCUACCAGUGAAAGAUCCCAAGGCUGUUAAGCGGAAAUCUAAUGUUAGAAGUGCACAAUCUAGUAAAGUUAAAAAAUUGUCAACCCCCGUCAACGUUCCUGUCAUAUUAAGGCCGAGGCGCGCAAGUGCUGGUUAUCAUAUAUCUUAAUUGAACUUUAAACUUAAUAUCUCACAAUUUACAGUAUUAUUAAUGCUUAUUACUUUUUUCUUAAAUUCUUAUGUCCUCAACAUAGUUUUUUUUUCA